AUGGUCAAACUGGGCCCCGACUUUGGCAAGAAGAUGUUUGACCUGAUGCAGAGUGCCUUUGACCGACUGCCCCUGGCGUGUCUCAUCGCCAACAGGGCGCUGGUGUUGCACGGAGGCAUAGGUGAUGGGAUGUGGGGCCUCAGCGACAUCUGGAAUGUGGCGAGGCCUCUUCCUUCCGAGAGGAUCCUCUCGAAGGAAAACAGCUGGCUUUUCAACAUUUUGUGGUCAGAUCCGAUUGAAGACGGGGCCAAAGCAGACCCGAACACUUUCGGUGUGCAUCCAUCUCCCCGCGGCGGCAUUACCGCCCAAUUUGCGUGGAACAUCACGAAGACAUUCUGUGCCAGAAACGGCCUCGGACUCAUCAUCCGCAGCCACCAGUCCAAAAAGGGAAGCCGUGGUUUCGAUGUGAUGCAUAGCAGCAUGUUGAUGCGCGUCUUCUCUGCAAGAGACUAUGAGGGACAUGGCAACGACGGAGCCGUGCUACUCAUCACGAAGGGCAAAGCAUCCGAGACCAAGGGCAAGGCAUCCGAUUCUGGCAAUGCCGAAGGCAAUGCCGAGGAGUUGCUGAUUGUGAGGCCCCAGGUCCUCAGGUCCGUCAAGAAGCAGCGGGUAGAGGCGAGAAAACAUGCCAACGAGGGCGACUCGAGCGAGGAGUCCGCGAGGCCCAUGGGUAAGACUUCAAGCGGCAAAGGCGACCAAGGAUAUUCCAAAAAAGACUCAACCUCACCAAAGGGAGGUUCGGCGAAGCGCUCAACCACACCCCGAAACCGUGCCCAGUCCUCAUAG